AUGGCCUCUGCUCCUACCCGCCUGGACGUAACAGUGAUCCGUGCCUCUGAAGUAAAAUGGGACUCAACCCUUCGGAGCAAAUUGCCGAAUCUAUACGUUCAGAUAGAGUUGGGUAACGAGAGUAGACGAACGAAGACUAUCAAGAAGAACCUGUCUCCCGAGUGGAACGAAUGUCUCUCAUUCAAUCGGCUGUCUACAGACGAACGGACAAUGAUUAUCAUUCAGAUUAAGCACGAUUCGUCACGUUGGAUGGAUAAAUACCUGGGAAAGACUGAAGUGGAGCUUAAAGAUUUAUUAGGGAUGUGUUCCGAUGCGAAAGAAGUGACGCUUCUUCUUGAAACUCAUCGGGGUUCUCCGUCGUUGAAAAUUGCUGCAGUCCUUCAUUUGCAGAUAGAGGCCAUUGCCAUUGACUCGGUAACGAUGGUUGGCAACAACGUUAAGGCUACCGAACAAGUGGUCCAGCAGAGCGGAAUCUCAAGCUCGGCAGCUGCUACCGAUUCGGCCCCUGUUGCGUCUGUACAUGCUGCGGCCGAUCACUUUUCAGAGCACACCGAUUUGUACGAGUCUGCGGGAGCUCUUGUCUCAAGGCUGAAUGUGUUCGUUAGUUCCAUGGACGCAUUAUCACAGAUUCACCCGUACGCCAACUUCGCGUGGCAGUUGGCCUCGGCACUGUACAAGGUUGUCAGGCAUCAAUUUGAAGUCGACAAGAAGGUCGUCGAACUCGUACAUGCUAUGAGGAACGCGUUUGAUUUUGUAGAUGAAAUCGAUACUCUUCGCAACAAGGCACAAAAAUUCGAGGCCUCGAUUAUUCAACUGUUGGAGCAGACCGACGAGUGUUGUCUCUUCAUUCAAGAGUACGCGCGUCAUAAGUUUGCAAGACGAAUGCUCAUGCUGAACGUUGAUGAGACGAUCGAUAAGUUUCUAGACUCACUUCAGUCACUCAAAACCUCGAUAGACUCCGAAAUUGUUGUUCAUAUUGCUUUUGUCUCGUCUCGGAUGUCUUCCAAAGUCGAUGUUAUGUUUCUGAAGAGUCAGCUCAACCCAGACGAGAUGGAUGCAUAUCACCGACCUCAUUGCCUUCCCGGAACACGAGCGAAUAUCCAGAAUGAGAUCGUGGAAUGGGCGUCCGCGUGCACGGAUCAAAAUAUUUUCUGGCUUCACGGGGUCGCAGGAUCUGGCAAGAGUACCGUUAGCACAACGAUUGCAGAGCAUUUCCGCACCAUAUCUCGUCUUGGUGCACAUCUUUUCUUUGAACGCGGCAAGAGCGAUCCCAGCUCUGUCAUCCGGACGCUUGCUUAUAGGCUUUCCACAUAUGACUCUUCCGUGGAAAAACAUGUCAGUAAGGCUAUUGAACAAGACAACGAGAUUGCUCGGGCAACAGCGGUAAUGCAGUUUAAGAGUCUCCUCCAUGGUCCUCUGUCCCUAGCUGCAAAUUCCAUGCAAGGACCUGUUGUUAUUGUUCUCGAUGCACUGGAUGAAUGCGGCACGGAGGCGACAAGACAAAGCCUACUGGAAAGUUUUCGAACAGGGUUGCCAUUACUGCCAAAGCAAUUCCGAUUUCUCAUCACGAGCAGGAAAGAGCUGGACAUCGACAGCGUCUUAUCCUAUCUACCAGAUUGCAUCCAUGUCUCUGAGUUAGACCACGAUUCGGAAAGCUGCAAAGGAGAUGUGCUCCGAUAUGUUGACUACGAAUUGCGCAAGGUAUUCACAAGAAAGAGGCUACCAAUCACGGAUGACUGGCAGUGGAAAAUGGAGCGCCUUACUGUGGCUGCGGAUGGUCUAUUCAUAUGGGCAUCGACAGCAGUCAGGGAGAUCAGCCGCAGCAGCCCGGCUCGAAAGCUACGGGAGCUUGUGUCACAAACAGAGGCUCUCGCGGGCCUUGACCUGCUGUAUGAUUCUGUGCUGAGGGGUUCGGGCAUUUCAUUCGAUGACAAAGCAUCCAAGGAGCACUUUGCUCGAGUAUUGGGCCUACUUCUUCUUGGAAAGGCGUCAUUUUCCGAUCGCACAAUUGAUGAGAUUCUAGGUUUCUCAGAUGAAGAGCCAUCUCAACUUAUUCUUUCAUGUUUACAAUCCAUUCUCGAGUAUACUCCUGAUACACCCGUUCGCUUUUGUCACACCUCCUUCCGCGAUUACUUACGAGCACCAGAGCGCAAAGGUGAUCCUUGGUUCAUUGAUCUCGAAUCUCAGAAAGAGUCCAUUGCUUCGCGAUGUCUCGAUGUCAUGAGAGAUGGUCUCCGGUUCAACAUCUGCGACAUAGAAUCAUCCUACGUCCCUAACAGUCAGAUCACGUACCUUCCGGACCGCAUCAAGGCUCACAUUCCUCCUCAGUUGGAGUACACCUGCCUUUUCUGGGCUGAACACCUACAUGAAGCACAAUUCUCAGGCGAAUUGUUGAACGGACUGUCACAGUUUCUUAGUAUACGUCUGCUCUAUUGGCUCGAGGUGAUGAGCCUCCUGGGAAAAGUUAACGCCGCCAGUCCAGCACUCCUUCAUAUAAUGAACUGGGUCUCUUCGCACAACGCGGAGGUGCUGACGGUCCUCAGAGAUGCACGAAGGAUAAUUACUCGAUUUGCAGUUCCUAUUUCGCAAUCUACGCCGCAUAUCUAUGUAUCGAUCUUCCCCUUUGUACCGAUGGUGUCGCCAUCCAUGAUCCAUAACGUGAAGCACGAUUUACUUGUACAAGUAGAUCAGAUAGGCGAGAAACAGCAGUCGCCACUCUUGAUGGAGCUCACGGGACAUAAAGGCUGGAUUCGUUCAGUUGCUUUCUCACCCGACAGUACUCGUGUUGCCUCCGGCUCUUGGGAUAAGACGAUUCGAGUUUGGGACGCUGAAAGUGGACAACUCAUUGCCGGACCUCUUGAAGGGCAUGAAGAUGAAGUACGCUCUAUUGCUUUCUCUCCGGACGGCGCACGCGUCGUCUCUGGAUCGGACGAUACGACAAUCAGAAUAUGGAACAUUGAGAGUGGGCAGGUCUCCCCUGGCCUCCUUAAAGGACAUACUGGCCCCGUUCGUUCAGUUAAGGUUUCGACGGAUGGAAGACGUGUUGUCUCUGGAUCUGAGGACAAGACCAUCAUAGUCUGGGACAUAGCAUGUGGACAACCCGUAUCUGAUCGUUUUGAAGGGCAUACUGACAUAGUGAAUUCCGUUGAUUUUUCACCAGACGGGAAACGCAUCGCCUCCGGAUCCGAUGACAAGACGAUUCGAAUCUGGGAUACUGAGAAGGGACGGACCAUUUGUGGUCCUCUCGAGGGUCAUGUAGACAUUGUGACGUCAGUCGCUUUUUCUUAUGAUGCAACGCGCGUUGUUUCGGGCUCCGCAGACCAAACGAUUCAACUCUGGGACACUGAGAGUGGGAAGUGUAUUUCCGGACCUUUCAAAGGACACACCAAAAGAGUAAAUUCAGUUGCUUUCUCACCAGAUGGGAAGCGUGUCGUCUCUGGUGCUGAGGACAGGACAGUUCGAAUCUGGGACAUUGAAAGCGGGCAGGUCAUUUCCGGUCCGUUUGAAGGUCACACAAAUCUUGUAUCGUCUGUUGCAUUCUCUUCUGACGGAACGCGUGUCGUCUCGGGCUCCUGGGAUUACAUGGUCCGAAUCUGGGACACUGAAAGUGAACAAACCGGGUCUGGGGAAUUUAAAGGGCAUACUGGUGCAGUAUAUUCUGCUGCCUUCUCACCUGAGGGGAAACGCAUCGCCUCUGGAUCACUCGAUGAGACAAUUCGAAUCUGGGACGUCGAUACUAGGAGCACAGUCUCUGGACCUUUCAAAGGGCACUCCAAUAUGGUCUGGUCCAUUGCCUUCUCCCCGGAUGGAAGGCAUGUCGUCUCCGGCUCUGCUGAUCAUACAAUCCGUGUCUGGGAUGCCGAAAGCGGAGAGGUGGGUCCCGGGCCUUUCAAUGGACACAAAGAAGGGGUGCGGUCCGUGGCCUUCUCCCCGGAUGGGAGACGUGUUGUGUCCGGCUCCGAUGACAAAACCGUCCGAAUCUGGGACGUCAAGUCUGGACAGACAAUUUCCGGUCCUUUCGAAGGACACGACGACGGUGUUUGCUCUGUCACUUUCUCACCUGAAGGGAGACGCGUUGUCUCUGGUUCAUUUGACAAAACAAUCAUACUCUGGGACGCCGAAAGUGGCACAGUCAUUUCUGGGCCCUGGAGAGGUCACACGCAUUUUGUCCGGGAAGUGGCUUUCUCGCCUGAUGGCACCCGCAUUGUCUCUGGCUCUAACGACAAAACCAUCUUGAUCUGGGACGUCGCGAGCGGGAAGGUCAUCGUUGGACCUCUCAAAGGACAUACUGACAUUGUUCGGUCAGUCGCUUUCUCUCCAGAUGGAGCACGUAUUGUCUCUGGCUCCGAGGAUAGGACGAUCCGCUUUUGGGACGCUGAGAGUGGACAGACCGUUUCUGAACCUCUUGAAGGCCAUACGUCGGCUGUCUUUUCUGUCAACUUCUCGCCAGAUGGGAAACGCCUCGUCUCUGGCUCCUGGGAUCGCAUAAUCAGAAUGUGGAAUGUUGAAGAUCCUAUCUUCGACUGGACGAUGGAUAAAGACGGAUGGAUACAUGGUCGUGAAGGGGAGCUGCUUGUGUGGGUUCCGCCUGAUCUACGAACGACGCUUUGGCGCCCUCAAAAUACUGCAAUCAUCAAUUGCGCAUUUUUGACAAAGUUAGACUUUUCGAAUGCAACUCUAGGGGAACGAUGGCAGGAAUGCUUUGUCCGACCUAGAUGA